AUGGAUCCAGUUACAUUGACAUGUGGAGUUGCAGGUUUAGGAUUACUUGCUUUAGGUAAACAUUUUUUUAAUGGAGGAUCUGUCUCUUCCGAAUUACUUUCACAUACCAACUUGAGUGGUAAAGUAAUUAUAGUUACUGGACCAUCAGUGGCUGGUAUUGGUUAUGAAGCUGCUAAUUUGUUCUAUUCCAAGGGAGCUACUGUUAUUUUGGCUUGUAGAAGUUUAAGUUCAGGUGAACAAGUACAACAAGAAAUUUUAAAUCAACAAAAAACAUCCAAGACUGGAUCUGUACAAGUUAUGAAAUUAGAUUUGGCUGAUUUAGCAAGUGUCAAGUCAUUCUGUGUUGAUUUUAUUGAAAAAUAUGACAGAUUGGAUGUUUUAUUGAAUAAUGCUGGUAUUAUGAUGACACCUCAUGGUGUUACAAAGCAAAAUGUUGAACUUCAAUUUGGUACAAACCAUUUAGGCCAUUUCUUAUUAACUAAAUUAUUGAUUGAUUUAAUUAAGAAGAGUAAUGGACGUGUUAUUAGUGUUUCAUCAAGAGCUGGUGAACAUGGAUUUUGUUCAUUUGAUUUAAACACUUUGAAUAAUGAAUGUAAGGAAGUUAAAACUGAAAGAUUAUAUGGACGUUCAAAGUUCAGUAACAUGGUAUUUACACGUAAAUUGGAAAGAGAAUUUAGAUCUGAUCCAAAUACUACUGCAACUGCUUAUUCUUUGCAUCCUGGUGUUGUUCGUACUAGACUUUGGAGAGAAUUGAAUCCUCUCUAUUUCCUUGUAUCCUAUCCAUUCUGGUGGUAUGGAACCAAGUCAGCAUGGCAAGGAAGUCAAACUUCGAUCUAUCUUUCAAUUGCUCCUACCAGUGAAUUACAAGGAGGACACUAUUAUGCUGAUUGUAAAUUGGAUAAGGAUAAUCAAUUUGCUGUUGAUGAAGAAUUACAAGAUCGUUUAUGGGCAUCAUCUCUAGAAUUGUGUAAAAAUUAUUUGUAA